AGAGACAAAGAGGGAUGCCUACGGGAAGGAAGAGGGGAGGGGAGGGGAAAGAAAGACGAGAGGGGGAGAGGGGAAGAGGUAACGCCGUAGCCCCCACUGUACAGAAGGACGCAGUUGUCAGCCUCACUAAGGGGUGGUCGGGUCGGAGCCUCGUUUGCUGGUACUACUUGUCUGGAAUCUUGAAGUGGAAAAGGUGACACUUCAAGAUGUCUCCUUUAUCCUACGCCUUUGCUGGGGCCCUUGGUCUCCUGGUACUUAGCAGUGCAGUAUCAGGGUCUCCAGAAUGGGCCAGAGUGGAGGAGAAACUGAGGAAGGAUUUGUUAAGUAACUAUGACAAGAACGUUCGACCAAGUAACACCACAAUCAUCACAUUCAAUGGUCCAUUUAUCAGGGAUGUUCAGCUGGAUGACGCGUCCAACGCCAUUGAAAUGUUCUGCUGGUUGAACUUCCAAUGGCAAGAUGACCGACUGAUUUGGGACGAAGCGAAAUAUGCUGGUGUGGACGUCCUCUCCGUGCCUGUGGAUAUGCUGUGGACGCCUGAUGUCGCUACUUACAAUUCACCAAGCAUCGAAGACAUGCGAGCUAUAGAUAACCAGCCAAUGGUAGUUAAAUCUUCGGGCACUGUGUUGUGGAUCCCCCCUGCUAAGCUGAGAGCAUCCUGUGGUGCCGACAUCAGGCUGUGGCCCCGCGAUACGCACGUUUGCAACAUCACCAUUGGGUCUUGGACUCAGUCGGGACUCAUGGUCGAUUUCGAUAUCCAGUCACCGCCUGAGUUCAAGUACUGGACGGGCAAGGAAACCAACAUGACCGGUUCAGCCUGGGAAGGUCCUGGAAGCCAACUCAACAAAGGAAUCGAAGCAGUACCCUUGCUGCCCUGAUGUCUAUAUCGACGUCUCCCUCUCUCUCAAGCUCCGUCGCUAUGCCCCCAGCAGUACCACUACGAUCUUCGUGCCGGCCGUCUGUCUGAGUCUCCUGACCCUCAUUGUCUUCCUCCUCCCCCCCUCUGCUGGAGAAAAGGUCACCAUUGGAGGAUUUUGUCUCGUCCUUGACCUGAUCUUCCUUAUCUACGUCUCCUCUGUCAUCGGGGUCACUCGUUCUACCACGCCUCUCUUAGUGAAGCUAGCGUGCCAACAGUUCGUCCUCGCUGCCAUCAGUUUAAUGGUGUCCGUGCAGGUCCUGCGGUUGGCAAGAGGUCCUCGCUCCUCUGGUCUUUCCUCUUGCGUCCGCCGGCCCCUGGCUGCUCUUGCCUCUUGCCUCUUCCUCGGGAACUACAGCGCUAUGGUGACCAACGACCGCUCCUCAACCAAGGACGACCUCAAGAAGCACCUCGAUCACCCUCCGCAUUACUCCCAGCUGUCAAGUUCCUCAGAAACGACCUCCACUGACGACUACGUUGUUCUUGCCGCUGUUGUCGAUCGCCUGCUGUUCCUGCUGUUCCUCGCCCUCUGCUUGAACAACGUCAUUCGCUUCUGGAGUGUUCUGUAAUGUUUUUUUUUUUACCGUCGUGGUGGGUGGUUUAAAGAGGUCGGAUUAUCAGUGGCAAUUUUUUUUUUGUGAUUUUUUUUUUUUUUUUUGGGGGGGGGGAGGUUGGCUGGUGAAAAUUCAUCCAAAGCCGAUGACUUUUUUUUUUUUUUUUAAUAAUCUGAGGAUCAUUUGGUCUUAUUUUUUUUCAGAUUCUGAUUUUUAAAAAUUUCGCUUUAUUUUUUAUUUUUUUUUUUUUUUUUGGGGGGGGGCGCUGGCUGAGAAAAAAAAAAUGUGUUUUACGGCCAAUAUCUCCUUUUUUUUUGGUAAUUUUAAGAAUCAUUUGGCAGCAACAUUAGAUCUGGUUUUAUUUAAUUAAUUGGACUUGACCUUCUAUCAACUAAUGCUAUGAAAAUGAUGUCAAAGAAAUCAUACUAUCGGUUGUAUUUUUUCCUAUAAAAGUAGUACCAUUUCCUUCAGUGUAAUCAGUGUAAUCUUACGCUGAUUCGGCAAUUUAAAGCCUAUGGAAAAAUUUAAGAUAUUAAUAUUGCAUGUGCACUAGCUAUCUGUUGCAUGUAUAAUUAAAUCCUAUUUUCCUGCAUAUUACUGUAGCUACUCCAUAUAUUUCCGUCAGUCUCUGCCCAGUUUAUUGGAAAGAAAACGAGGAAAGGGUAUGGCUCAGCAUUAACACUGAAACCCUGAAUCAUAAUCUCUAGCAUUUUACCCCAGAAACUCACAAAACAUAUAUGUACAGGAAAGUAAUUAGUCGAUGCGUGUACUCUGUUCCAUGUAGACGUUCUGGUAGGCCUUUUCAUUAAGAGUAAUACUGUGUGAAGAAGUAUUGCAUGCAAUCUGAUGAAACAGAAAAGAAGUAUUCUCUCUUUCUUGUAAUUGGUUCAAUAAAUCUCCUUCAAAUGGC